AUGGGAGGUCUGUUCGGAGACCGGACUGCGAGUGCCGAGAGGCUCAACUCGGCGUUCGAUUCGAUGUCCGUCAACAACUCGAACGCGCGCGCGAGUACAUCGCAACAGCGUCCGCAGCCAUCCACAUCGUCCGUGGCGCGAGAGUUUCCCCGGCUGCUCCAGAAGUCCAGCGCGGAACUGGCCGAGUUGCUCACGGACAAGGAGGCGUUCGCCCGAUUUCUGCACGGCACCGAGGGAGCCCUGGAGGCGAGGGCGUUCACGCGCGAGCUCAGGCUCGAGAUCGAGGGCAUGUGCAGGGCAAACAUAGAAAAGGCGGAGGAAGCGCGGGACCUCAGGAGCCAGAUGUCGGUGAUUCGAUCCUGCGACGCGCAGCCAGUCAAGGAUGGGUACGAGGCGGCGAGGAAAAAAGCAGACGCCAUGAUGGGCAAGUACAACCUGGGCGACGCGUUGGCCCGGCUGAAGGAACGCGCGCGCGACGCCGAGGAGAAGGCUGAGAGCCUGAGCGAGGAUCUGGUGGCGGGGAAGAUCGAGCCGAAGGACUUCCUCGCCAAGUACGUGCCGCUGCGGCAGGCGUAUCACGAGGACACGGUCCGCGCCGAGAUCGUCGAGCCCGCGCUCGCGUCGCGGAGGCCGGGCGGGGGACCUCCGCAGCCGCCGCCUCCGCCUCCGGGGGCACCGCCGGCGGCGAGUAGGUACGGCGGGAUGUAG